AUGGAAACAGCUUUGCUCCGGUACUGCAUCAAUUUCUCCGGUCAGUCGAAAACCGUCGCUCAUCAUCACAGAAGUGAUAGUGAGAUUCCGAGAUUGAAAUCGAUUCAUGGAGGAUCUAAAGACGAGUGGUGUGCUAAGGUUUUGAGUAGAAGAUCGGUGAUGGCGACUACUGGUUUCUCGUUGGUCUCGUCCACAGCUUUAGGGUUUCCAGGUGAAGGAUUAGCUGUUGUGAAACAGGGUCUUCUUGCCGGGAGAGUUCCUGGUUUGUCCGAACCUGAUGAUGAAGGUUGGAGAACAUACCGUAGACCAGAUGAGAAAUCAGGAGGGCAUGGUGUUGGUUGGAGUCCUAUUAUCCCUUACAGCUUUUCGGUUCCUCAAGAUUGGAAUGAGGUACCUGUAUCGAUCGCUGAUCUUGGUGGCACCGAGAUUGACUUGAGAUUUGCUAGUCCUAAAGAAGGCCGCUUGUCCGUUAUUGUCGCUCCCGUUCUAAGAUUUGCAGAUAAUCUUGGGGAUGACGCUAAGAUUGAGAAUAUCGGACCACCAGAGAAGGUGAUCAACGCAUUUGGACCAGAAGUUAUUGGAGAAAACGUAGAAGGAAAAGUUUUAAGUUCAAAUGUAGCAGAACAUGAUGGUAGAUUGUAUUACCAAUUCGAGCUAGAGCCGCCUCAUGUACUGAUCACCGCAACAGCUGCCGGAAACCGCCUUUACUUGUUCAGUGUCACCGGAAAUGGGCUUCAGUGGAAGAGAUACUACAAGGAUCUGAAGAGGAUAGCUACUUCGUUCCGCGUUGUUUAG